AUGGAACCACAAAACUGCAUCGCACUUUCAAAUCGAACGGAUUUCACAGCUUACGUGGACCUACUCCGGAAUCUCACAAAUGGUGACUUCAGCCUUGUCAAAGUUUGCAAGAAAGACGUGUGCGAAGCACUCUGGGGCUUCGGCAAUCCAGACAUCAGCGGUGUUGGUAUGGUGAUUGGAUAUCUUCUCGAGAGCGGCAUAUGCGCAUUUCUGGUGAUGAUAUCGCUGUGGCUUGAGCGAACUGCAAAAGGCCAUGGUCACAACGCAGUGAGGCUACUGCUUGCGAACGCUGCGAGAACGUUCUUUGACAACGCAAUCUUUUUCACCUUCGCGAUACAGGCCGCAAGCAUCGUAACACUCUCUAGGGUAGACUUUGGGAUCAACGCAGAAGGUAUGGGCGGGUUCACGAUGGAGAUCGCUUGGCUCGUGUCGUCGCUUACACUUCUGCCUCUCCUUCCGAUGCUAUUACGUCCAGACAUGUUUAAGGAAGGCAGAUCAGCAGGUGUGGUUGUCAGACGGUUAUCGCAUCAGAAUACUGCUCGGAUGAACGAUGAGGACAAGAAGGCGGAAGACAGCGCUCAUGGGCUUUCUGGGGCUCUUUUCGAAGCACGUGAAGGCCAGCGUUUCCUCUUGUUUGUAAUAUGCUGGGCGAUGGGAUUCUGCCCUUUCUUCUCUCGAAUGGGAGGUACCUUCGGUGAAAGCCGGAUUGGAGAUGCACCAAAUGCUACUAUAACACUAACAGAGUGGAAAACGGUCGAAAGCAUCUGCUUUCAGGGUAUUCACACUCUCACCUCGAAUGAGCAUAAUCUCAUCACGGCCUUCGGUAUCCUCAGCUAUCUGCUCUUGUCCGUUGUCAUCAUCUCCAAGAUCAUCUCUUCCGCUCUAGAAAACAGGGGUAGCGAACGAAAUUGGCUGACAAUAUGUCACAAUAAACUUAGUGAAACAUGCUCUAGCUAUUAUGCAAGGCUAGGCAUCGAGGUUGUAGUAGCAAUCGCUUCGGCCGUACAAUUCUGGGCGUUCUUCCGACUGCGACAACUACAAAGUGAUAUGACACAAGUAGUUGGCGGAAACUUCUCAGAUGGGCAAUGGACCUUUGGUCAGAUCGUCGCCACCGUUGUGUUCAUGCCAGUUGCGGCUGAAUUGAUGUUUGUUUGGAGGAGACGUCUUUUGUAUCUGGAAAACCAGUAG